UAUUAAUGAAAAAAGGAACUUACUGUGUGUGGGCUGUGUCAGAACAUGUCAGUACUUAUGCUGCAUAGUUAAAGGUGGGGUUUGAUUAAAAAUGCUGUCGUAGAAAUAAAGGUUACUUAAGUUCAAAUAGUUUUUUUUUUUGUAAUGGUUGUAAUUAUUUUCGGAAUAAUUUAAAAUCUACUGGGUGCCAAGACUCUGUGAAUCAAUUCCUCUAUCUGAUAAUAUCAAUUUUCAAGAACUGAACGUAGAAUUUAUUGCCGUAAAUAGAUAAUCAAAAUAUGUUUAAAAUUUAAUUAUGACAUCUGUGGCAAAAUGGAAAAGAACGUUUCGACAAACGAACACAUUUCAGAUAAUACUGUGUGUUAUUUUGUUUCAUUCAUUAGCCUCGAUUUUUAUUAUCUACGUUCACCUUGCCUGGUUCUUUUCUGAAGAAGAAAAAAUAUGGGACAAAACUGAUGAUGCCUAUCAUUCAAAGAAAGAUUUUAUUUUUUGGAAUAUGCGUUCUGUCCUCAAUGUUCUCUCAAGCAAAGUUAUUUCAAAUGAUGAAAUUUCAUUAAUGGGAUGGUGGAUGGAUCAUGCUAGAUGGGAUACAGAUAUUAGAUGUUUUAAUCAGAAAUGGACUUUAUGCUCAAAGGGAUUCAGUACUAAUUGCAAAUCAGAUGGUAUAAGAGCAAUUUAUCAGUAUGUAACCUUUACGAAAGACCCUCCCAUAAAGAGGUUGGAACUGUCAGUUACAGCAACUGCUGAUCAGCUGGAACCUCAAGUGAUAGGUGCUUCUUUCGGGGCUCUUGCUUUUAUUAAACUGAAUGAUGGAAGCUCUGAAACCAUUCAAAUACAAUUUCCUUCAAAUAUUGAUCCCCUUACUAUGAAGAGUGUCAGCUUUUCUACAAGUCAAUCAUCUAUUACUAGUGUUACUGUAAUGCUGAUGUGUUAUGGUUAUACUGGUAGUAUUCAUUUUACUGAUCCAGUUUUAAUUCCGCAUGUUUCAUCAUAUCUUCCUAAAAGAAAAUUAACUGAAGUUUGUCCUGCAAAAACUAUUAAUCCUCGAUCUUCCAUUACACUUGGUAAAACUGAGGACAUAUUUAAGCCGAAUAAUAAAAGCAUUAAAGAUCACUACCAUAUGAUUACUCUUGUAACUCAAGUUUCAAUGGAGAGAUUAGCAACUCUAGAGAGAAGUCUUCAAUUAUGGGAUGGUCCUGUAUCUUUAGUAAUUUAUGUGACAACAAAACACAAUGAAAAGUCUUCUUAUGAGUGGCAAAGACUUUACAUCCAGAAGAAACUAAAAAACAUUAAACUUGCACCAUCAAGCCAUGUUACAUUAGUUUUUGGAGAUUCAAAUAAUGAAGACUAUCCCAUUAAUGCCUUGAGAAAUAUUGCAAUCAAGCAAGUAAAAUCAAAAUAUAUGUUUCUAUUGGAUGCUGAUUUUCAACCUUCACCUGAUUUUCAACAAAAAUUUGCUGCGCAUUUGAAACAUUCCACUUAUAAUCAAAAAACGGCAUUUGUUGUUCCAGCUUUUGAAUACAUAGAGCUCCCUCAGCGAAGUGAUAAUGCUCCUCAAACCAAAGAAGAAUUACUCCAGUUGUUACACAGAGAAGAACCUUUUAUACUUCCAUUCCGUAUAUCUGAAUCAAGUGAAUCACACAGGAUAACUGAUUACUGGAAAUGGUACAGAGCUGAUAAAGCAUAUUCUCUUAACACAUUCUGUGAUAAAUAUGAACCUUAUGUGAUUUUACGCAAAACAAAUUCAGUUCCAUACUAUGAUGAAAGAUUUUCUGGUUAUGGAAUGAACAAAGUUACUCAUGUAACUGAACUUUUUGCAGCUAACUUUACAUUUACUGUAUUGCCUGAUAUGUGGGUAUUGCAUUUACCACACAAGAUUUCUACUUAUGCUAUUGAGUUUCUUCAGAAUGCACACCAACGUCUUAAAAAUAGGAUGGAGAGAUUUGAAUUUGUUGCAGAUAUUAUGAAUACCUACAAAAUUGGUCAUUGUAAUAGUCAAGGAGUUUAAAUUUUAUCAUUCUAAAUUCGUAUUAUUUUGCUAUUGUCCAAGUUGCUAAAUAAAAUAUUUAAUAUCAA